AUGGGGAAAGGAAGAGCACCUUGCUGUGACAAGAGCAAAGUAAAGAGAGGGCCAUGGAGCCCUCAAGAAGAUCUUACUCUCAUCACUUUCAUUCAAAAACAUGGCCAUCACAACUGGCGAUCUCUUCCCAAGCUUGCUGGAUUGAUGAGAUGUGGCAAGAGUUGCCGACUGAGAUGGAUAAACUAUUUGAGACCAGACGUGAAGCGAGGCAACUUCAGCAAAGAGGAAGAAGAUGCCAUCAUCCACUUCCAUCAAACCCUUGGAAACAAGUGGUCAAAGAUUGCGUCCUUCUUACCCGGAAGAACCGACAACGAGAUCAAAAACGUGUGGAACACUCAUCUCAAGAAACGACUCCCUCCCAGUUCAUCUCCCUCCUCCUCAUCUUCUUCAUCCAUUUCUUGCACUCAUGAUCAGACCGCAGAAGCAGAUCAUGACAAGAAUUGUGCCAUUUUUCAAGAAGACGAGAAUUCAGGGGUUAAUGAGAGCCAAGGCUCACCUUCUUCGUCUCAUAUCCACACAAAUCCAGAGCUUCUUAAGGUUGAUGAAGAACUCCACGAUAUCCAACUACUUCUCGACAAUGACGACUUUGAAGAUAUAACCUCCGCGUUUCUUAAAACAAACGAAAUGUUAUAUCCAGAGCAACCACUAGACUCGCUUCCUCAUCACCACCAGACUCACCUUUCAACGGAGUUUCACAAUGCAUGGGGAGCGGCUCAAGAGGUAACCAAGCCGCAAUCACAUGACCAUCCUCAUCAACAAGAUAUUCCAUGUGGAUUAACUGAAGAAACAAAUGACGGAGAAUUUGACUUGUGGUCGCAGCUGGUUGAAUCAAACUCGCCUACCCCUAGUCCUAGUAGUGAGGACUUCAAUGAGUGGUUCAACUUCAUGGACAACCAAACCUGCUUUGAUGACUUUACUUUGGUCGGAGAAGUUUGUCUAUGA